AUGAAACUCGAUGUCAUAGCAGUUCUCACAAAACAAUUUGCUCGUCCACUGCGAAUGCUAGCCACCGAGCCAAUCGUCACCUGUAUCUCCUUCUAUAGUGCCUUCGUUUACGGUAUCUUGUAUUUCCCGUUGGAAGUGUUCCCACUGGUAUUCCAAGAAUCCCGAGGCUGGAACAAGAUCAUCGGCGCUCUACCGUUUACCGUUCCCAUUAUCUUGGGACAAAAGUACUACAACAAGAGAUCAAAAGCAGCAAAUGGACAAACAGUCCCCGAAGCACGACUUCCACCCAUGGCAAUCGGAGCAGUCCUUCUUGUGGCUGGAUUAUUCUGGCUUGCAUGGACUGCCGACUCACCCCAUCACUGGGUCCUACCAUGCAUUGCAUCUGUUUUUGUUGGAUGUGGAUUCAACAUUGUCUUCCUGCAGUGCGUGAACUUCUUGAUUGAUGUUUAUAAAAUCUACGCUGCUAGCGCGACAGCUGCUACGACUUUGCUUCGGAGUUUGAUGGCGGCUGGGCUUCCUCUGGCAGCCAAGCCCAUGGUUCAAGGUGUGGGUAUUGGGCCUGGUGUCUCGAUGAUUGCUGUUGUGGCGACUGCCCCAUUGCCUGUGCCGUUCUUGUUCAUAAAAUAUGGCAAGAGGAUUCGGCGAUUGUCGAAGCUUGCACCUGAUGAUUUAUGA